AGAUGGAUGAGGCGCAGAAAGGGGCAGAAAGCGGGCGUGACGUACACACAUGCGUCACUUCCGGUUGCAUGUGUAUACACUGUAAAGUUGUGACUCGUUAGCUAAUAGUGUGCCGAUAUGGCGGAGAACACUAUGACAGUGACAGUUGCUUAUGUCACAACCAAACACAACAUCACUUUAACAGCACAGGAUGGACAUGAACCUCUGUUAAAGGAUUUGUGUGAAGCGCUGACAGAAGCCACGGGAGUACCAGUACCAUCCCAGAAAGUCAUAUUUAAAGGGAAAUCACUGAAGGAGAUGGAGGAGCCGCUGUCCAGCUUUGGAAUAAAGCAGGGUUGUAAACUUAUGAUGAUUGGAAAAAGGAACAGCCCAGAGGAGGAAACUGAACUUAAAAAGCUCAAAGACAUUGAAAAGUCAGUGGAACAAACCGCCAAGAAGCUUGAGAAGGUGGAUGUUGAACUCACGGGACUGAAGAAUGGUUUUCUUGCAAAAGAAUUGCAAGCUGAGGCUCUUAACAAACUGGACCAAAGGGUGAAAGUUGCCUCUGAGCAGUUCAUGAAAAUCCUAGAGGAAAUCGAUGGAAUGAGCUUUCCUGAGAGUUUUAGUGAUUGCAGGAUGAAGAAAAAAGGACUUGUGAAAACUGUUCAGGGGUUCUUAGCUCAGUGUGACAAAAUUGAAGCUGGAAUAUCAGAUCACUUGGCUAAGAUUCAGACAAAAAACUUAGCCUUAGCAGAAUGAUCAUGAAGAAAGACUCCAGACAUCAGUAGUUACUGGUGCUGUAAAUGAAGAACCUCACUGAAAGCUUUGGCACUGGAGGUGGUCCUGCAGUUCGCCCACAACUUACACACGCACCUGUCACGCAGAGAAGAACAGGCAGCAUUCGAAACUAUUUGAUAUAAUUUCUUAUGAGUUAAGAUUUUUCAUGUUAAUAUUUGGAAAUACUUCUGGCUAGGUUUAAGGAGUUUUGAACAUCUGGUCCACACGGUUCUCUCUUGAAACUCUGUUAUCUAGCCUGACAGAUGUUGGAUUUAUAGUCUUAUUUCGAUCAAAGAGAAACAAAUGGUGCUGGAAGAAUAUCCUUUUAAAGGAUCUAAAAUAAAUAAAUGAUCUAAUUCAAUAUGUUACAUGCAGUAAAACUUUUGGAUAAAAAAUAUUCUAAGCAAAAGGUUUCAGAAUAGUCCUUGUUUUGUUUUUAUCAUGAUUAAAUCUCAGGGUGCUUCAAACCACUGGUGGUUUUCCCCAUCAAUUUCUGUCUAAAAUGCUGUUGUGUAGUUAUUGAGAGAAAUUAAACAUUUGAAGACAA